AUGACUGCUCAAAAUGAGCCAGAAAUUGUUUUAUUCGACUUGGCCUGCACCAAGAAUGUCUGCUUCUCUCCAGUUGCUUGGCGCAUCCGCCUUAUGCUCAAUUACAAGUGUAUCCCUUAUCAGACAAAGUCCAUUGAAUUUACCGAUAUUCAGCCAACUUUGCAAAGCCUUAACGUACACCCCGCCGAAGCUUCUCCUGGAACCGACAUUCGAUACACAGUACCAGUUAUUCUCCGUAAUUCAAGCAAUAAGUACAUCUUCGAAUCAGCCCUCAUCGCGGAAUUUCUCGAGUCAACCUACCCAGACCAGCCAGUACCGCUGAUGUCAAGCCUCGGCAAUGAGAUCGAGACUAAAGCACGCCGGAUAGUCGGUGCAGUGCUCCGGUCUGCAGUGAUGCCGCGCGAGAUACAUAUUCUAUCUCCACGAGCACAGGAGUACUUCCGACGUACGCGAGAGGCCUCCCUCGGGCAUUCGCUCGAAGACUUACUCGUCCAUGAGGCCGAGUACUGGGACCAGGCAAGCGACAGUAUGCGCGCUGUCGCUGAAUUGAUGCAGACGAAGAAGGCGGAUGGGCCAUCCGUGCUAGGCGCGAAGCCGAGCUAUACUGACUUCAUUGCGGGGUCUCUUCAAGCUGCGAGGGUUGUUGAUGAGGGUGUCUUUCAGAAGAUAAUGGAGUUUCCUGGUUACAAGGAGAUCUAUCAAGCUUGCUUGCGUUACAUGGAGAAGAAGGAUUAA